GGGCCGGCGCUGACGCGGAAGGGGCGGUGCUGCUGUUGCGCACCGUGGCGGCUUGUGUGCGGCCGUGGGUUCCGGAGGCGGGCCUUCUUCGGGCCCGAGGGUGGAAUGUGCUUCGGUAGCUACGAAAAGGUGGCGGUCAGUGUUCGGUUACUCUGGGCCGAGCAGUCAGACUUUGGUUAUCUUGCUAUUUUUUGAGACAAGGUCUCGCUUUGUAGCUCUAGUUAGCUUUGAACGUAGUGUAGCUCAAGCUGGCAUGGAACACGCGGCGAUGCUACCCAGCUAACCUUACAGGCUGAACCAGCCUCAGGAGCUUUUUGUUUUGUUUUGCUUUUUUUUUUUUUUUUGACUGGCGCUCGUGUAGUCCACGCUUGCCUCGCACAUGAUCCUCUGCUCUACACGUCCCAAGUCUACACCAUUCCUGGCUUGGGUGUCUUUACUUACACGACUUUUUAAAGGAAUUAGAUUUUUUUUUUUUUAAUUACUUUCAUGUAUUGGAGGCGAGCGUGCUGUGACAAGGAUGUUGGAGGUCCGAGGACAACUGUCAGACGAUUCUUUCUUUCCACCACGUGGAUCUCAGAUAGCCAACUCAUUUAUUUCACCAGCCAAAUCUUGUGCCCUCGGAGCCAUCUUUGUUCCUUAAUAUUGUUUUGAAAGCGGGUUGUAAAAGUGGCCUCCAGUUCUAGACCUACCUGGUUCACUUAGCUUCUUCCUCUUUCCUUUUAUACUGGCUAAUCUUCCUUCCUUUCUAGCCUAAAGCCUCGAGAUUUGGGUCUCUUGAGACAAGGGAAAGCCUGUUACAGCAGACAAUAAAGAAGAUUACAAAUGUCAGAGCCAUUUAACUGAUGGCUAGCUGUUGAAUUCUGGUACUUUUUGUGCCAACCUCUUCCUUGGGAAAAAAUCAGGAAAAGCAGAUAGAAGAGGACAUCCACAUUAGCAAUGGCUAUACCAAUAACAGUGCUUGACUGUGAUCUCUUGCUGUAUGGCCGAGGUCACCGGACCUUGGACCGUUUUAAGCUGGAUGAUGUGACUGAUGAAUACUUGAUGUCCAUGUAUGGAUUUCCCCGACAAUUCAUUUACUACUUAGUGGAACUCUUGGGGGCAAGUCUUUCUCGACCUACUCAGCGAUCUAGGGCUAUUAGCCCAGAGACACAAAUCCUGGCAGCAUUAGGGUUUUAUACCUCAGGUUCCUUCCAGACGCGAAUGGGAGAUGCAAUUGGAAUUAGCCAAGCCUCUAUGAGUCGCUGUGUUGCCAAUGUCACUGAAGCCCUUGUGGAAAGGGCCUCACAGUUUAUUCACUUUCCAGCUGAUGAAGCUGCCAUACAGUCUUUAAAGGACGAAUUCUAUGGAUUGGCAGGGAUGCCAGGGGUGAUAGGGAUUGCUGACUGUAUCCACGUAGCAAUCAAGGCACCAAAUGCUGAAGACCUCUCUUAUGUGAACCGAAAGGGUCUGCAUUCUCUAAACUGCCUGGUGGUGUGUGAUAUCAGAGGGGCACUGAUGACCGUGGAGACAAACUGGCCAGGGAGCCUCCAGGACUGUGCUGUGCUACAGCGGUCUUCUUUAACCAGUCAGUUUGAAACUGGGAUGGCCAAAGAUAGCUGGCUUCUUGGUGACAGUUCCUUCUUUCUCCGCACCUGGCUCUUGACUCCACUACACAUUCCUGAAACUCCAGCGGAGUAUCAGUAUAAUAGGGCUCAUUCGGCAACUCUCAGUGUGAUUGAGAAGACUUUGCGGACCCUCUGCUCUAGGUUCCGGUGCUUGGAUGGAUCAAAAGGGGCACUACAGUACUCACCGGAGAAAUCCAGCCACAUCAUUUUAGCUUGUUGUGUCCUUCACAACAUUUCCCUGGAACACGGGAUGGAUGUUUGGUCCUCUCCAGUGACUGGACCCAUUGAACAACCCCCUGAGGGCGAGUAUGAGCAAAUGGAGUCUCUGGACUUAGAGGCUGAUCGAAUCCGGCAGGAGCUGAUACUCACUCAUUUUAGUUAGUAUGGAAGGUAGAGGGAGGAGGAAGAUUUUCUAGAAUAAACUGACAACUUUCCCCUUACCAGCCAUUGGGAAGUUCAGUCAUCCAGUGGUACUGACUGUGUGCACUUGUCAUAAAUUAACAUUUAAAGUUUUAGACAGGCAAGUGCAAGGGCAAAUGUGUCAACUAGACCAAAAUCAAGACAGUGUUUCCCUAAUGUGCGGUGAACCCCAGGCUGUGCACUAUUCUUUGAAAGUUCACUGGUUGCAACUGCAAGAAUCACACAAUAAAGGAGAAAAUAACACACGGCCAAA